AUGGACAUCUUGGAAAAACUGGACUAUAAUCACUUUGAAAAUCAGCAAACCUUAAAACAUCAGUUUAAUGUUGACUCUAUUAAGUGGCUUCCCAAGUCUCCUAAACUGUACAGUGGCCAUAACUGGAGCUCCCAGGGCUCUCGCUGGGCCUCACUGAAAGGAAAGGAAAGUUUCCGUGGUGGUAACCUGUACAAAUUCAGCUCUGCUAAUGGAAAAUGGAGAGAAGGAAGAAUCAGUCCUGAGCAAGAAGCGGAGGAGCUGGAGGAUCCUGAUGAGGAUGAACCAAUUUCCAAGUUUUCUGGCAGCCUUUUUGAUACCAAUGAUAGCAUAAGAGAUCAAAGAAAUACCAGAACAUCUCUUCAAGAAAAGCACAAGUCAGCAACGAAAGGGAAGGCUCUUCCAGGGACUAACACCAAGGCACAGCCCCCUGUCUCAGCAGCAGGCGGCCUCCCUGGUGAAAGCAGCCGGUUCUCGGAGGAAUCGCGAGCAGCAGAUGUGCCGCAGCCCCCGCUGAAGAUAACCAUUACUGUGUGCAGUCAAAUGGGCAGUCUUGGUAUUAGCAUUGCUGGUGGAAAGGGCUCAUCUCCAUGUAAAGACAAUGAUGAGGGAAUCACGAUUACGCGGCUGCCGAAGGAUGGUCCAGCAGACUUGGCUGGGGUACAAGCAGGAGACAGAGUGACAGAGGCAUCCCUCGUUUCAGAACCUGAAGCCCUUGAUGCUUGUCCUACUGAAGCUUCAUCCAAGGGCAGCCCCUUCCCGACAGUAAACCACAUCAUAACAAUACCUCGGAUAAUCCUCACACGCCCAUCCACUUCUGAUGAAGAUACCGACCAGUUGCCCCCAGACCCAGAUGACUUUGAGCCCGAGGAGCCCAACAGCGCAGAAGGUCAUGGCUAUUCGGACUGUUUGAACAGUGCUUUUUAUCCUCCUUAAUAAAGUACUUUUCAGGAAA